UGUCACUGCACUGAACUGUCUGCACCUGGAUUAAAACUUGCUACAGCUGGCUUCUGAUGUGAGUUUUAAGAUGCAUGUUACAUCCGUUAUGGCUCUGUUGAAAAAUAUCCUCAUCUUUAGUCAGCUUCUUAUAUCAGCAAGGAGCAUAAAUAUCAUCUUCUUCCCAUGUGACACCGAUGAAAAUACCACCUCAGUAGACUGCUCUAAUAGACCACUCAAGAACGUGCCCUUAAUCAAGUCUACCACCGUAGUGACACUUAAUUUAUCUCGGACUAAGAUACGAGAAGUUGAGCAGCAUGAUUUUGCAGGUGUUCCAAACCUUGAAACUUUGGAAAUGAUGGGGAAUUGUUUACCAGGUAAACUGAGGGACCUGGAGGAGCUCGCUUGCAAAAUGAAGAUUGACCCUUAUGCCUUCAAGAGCCUAUUGAAGCUUAGAGAGCUCAGUUUGUCAGGAAACAGUCUCACCUCUAUACCCUGGUUACCUGAAAGCCUGAGAAUUCUUGAUCUGCGUAACAACCGCAUCUUCCACAUCAUCCACCCUUUAAACACACCACAUCUUGAAAAGCUCGUCCUCUCUAAUAACUGCUUUUAUGCAAACCCUUGCAACCAGUCCUUCUACAUAAGUGAGAGUGUUUUCAGAGGGCUCCCUAAUCUCAGCAACCUUACCUUAGGGUAUAAUAAUUUGACAGCUGUCCCUAAAGGACUGCCACCCUCACUGACGAGUCUGGAUUUAAGAGAGAAUACAAUCACCGAAAUUGAAGAAGGAGCAUUUGCCAACCUAACAGUCCUCAAAGAGUUGAAUUUGGAGUGGAAUUGUCAACGUUGUGAUCAUGCAGCAAGGCCUUGCUUUCCUUGCCCACAAAAACUCCCACUAAAACUACAUGCUAACUCUUUUUUUGCUGAGAACAGCUCCAUCACCUCCCUAAGCUUGAGGGGAAACUCUCUAAAAACCUUUCCAGAUAACCUUUUUACACCACUGAAGAAUCUAAAAUACUUGGACCUCUCUGACAAUCUCCUUGCAUAUACUAUACAAAAUGGCACCUUCUUCUCAGAGCUAAAGGGCCUCACUUGGAUUAGCCUCAUCUAUAACUAUGAGCCACUGAAAACCCUUAAGGAACUGAACAUCUCCCAACAUAUUGGCAAUAUAUCUGGUUUACAAUAUCUUCUUCUGAGUGGUAAUUUUUUCCACAGGCUUUCAACAGAAAGCCUAACUGUUUUGUCAAACCUUAAAAAUCUAAAGAAACUAGAACUGAGAAUGAACUUCAUUAAUACAUGUAACCUAAGUGCUCUGAAAAAGUUACCAUCUCUCAUUGAUAUCGACCUCUCCCAAAACUUGCUAAAUUUCCUUCCAUGCUGCUCUAGUCCAUCUGAGAUUAUGACACUGCAGGGAAGCUGUCAGAACCAGGAUUUGCAUACAGAUAAUUUUGGUGACCAACCCGUUACUGUAAUAGAUGAAGAAGUCACAUUGGAAAGUGACAUCAGGGAAUCCAACCAGUCAGAUGUGCUGGAAAUGUUAGGGGACAAUGUGUCACAAUUUCCAUCACCAUGGGACUUUAGAAAUCAUUUCUGUUGGAAUAAAUUAACAUUUGACUUAUCACAAAAUGAUAUUCUUUUUCUCAGAAAAGAUGUGUUUCUAGGCAUGGAGAAUGCUGUUUGUUUAGACCUUUCCUUCAAUUACAUGAGCCAGGCACUGAAAAGCGGGGUGUUUGAUAACAUGAAAAAAUUAGUUUAUUUAAAUUUGUCCUACAAUAGGCUUGAUCUUUAUUAUGAAGAUGCUUUCAGUGAGCUUAAAAACACUCUGAAGGUACUGGAUGUUAGUAACAAUGAGUUUCACUUUAAAAUGAGGGGCAUGGGUCAUCGUUUUGAGUUCCUUAAAAAUCUGACUAACUUGGAAGUCCUAAGUCUGGCGAACAAUGGCAUUGGGAUGAGAAUAGAUCAAAGGCUGAUCAGCAGCUCUUUGAAGUACCUCUACUUCUAUGGAAAUCAGCUGAACAUCAUGUGGGAGUCUGAUAACAACAAGUACAUUCAUUUCUUCCAAAACCUGACCAACCUCAUCUACUUGGACAUCUCCAGCAAUGAUCUGAAGUCGAUCUCACCAGAAGUGCUGUGUAACCUCCCAGGAAGCCUUAGGGGCCUCAGCAUCAACAAAAAUCACCUGAACUACUUCCCAUGGAACAACAUCUCAGUACUUAGCAAUUUAUAUUACCUGAGCCUCAGUGAAAAUGAAUUCUCUUAUUUGCCUGAAAUAGUCAUUGAAUUUGGAGCCAAUUUUUCUUUCUUGGACCUCAGUCACAAUCACAUUAGUUCUAUUCCUGAGAAUUUCUUUAAAAAGGCAAAAUCCUUGAAAUUUCUGUAUAUCAGCCACAAUAACAUCAAGGAGUUGAACCAACAGUAUCUCCCUGCGCCCUUUAAAAAUGGUAGUGCCCUUCAGAAACUCACCCUGCAUGCCAACAUUUUUAAAUGUGACUGUGACACAUCUUGGUUUGCAGACUUCUUGCGUACUACUCCCGUAGAGAUUCCUUAUCUCACCACAUAUGUACGCUGUGAAUUCCCAGAGUCCAAACAAGGGGAGAGCAUACUGUCUGUGGACCAGCGCUCCUGCCAGGACAUAUAUGGUAGCCUCGCCUUCCUCAUUUGUUCCUUCUUGGCUGUGACAUUCACUGUUCUGCCCCUACUGAAGCAUCUCUAUGGCUGGGAUAUGUGGUAUUGCCUACAGGUGCUUUGGGCAGGAUAUAAAGGCUACUCCCAGCUGGCAGGCACUGAUUCACAGUACCACUAUGAUGCUUUUGUUGUGUUUGACACCAGCAACAAGGCCGUGAGGGACUGGGUCUACAACGAGUUAACUGCCAAUCUGGAAAACCUGGGUAACAGGAAAUUUAGUCUCUGUUUGGAAGAGAGGGACUGGAUUCCUGGGCUUUCAUGUAUAGAGAAUCUACACAGUGCUGUCUACAACAGUGUGAAGACUGUGUUUGUGCUGUCCAGUGGUUUCAACGGUGGUGAGAGAGUAAAUGGUGUGAUCCGCCAGGCCUUCUUCAUGGUACAGCAGCGUCUUCUGGAUGAGAAGGUGGACACUGCUGUGCUGGUUUUGUUGGAUGACAUGUUUCCCAAACUGAAAUACCUUCAGCUGCGGAAGAGGUUGUGUAGAAAGUCUGUAUUGUCCUGGCCAAGAAACCCACGGGCUCAACCCCUUUUCUGGAAUCGAAUGAGAAUGGCAUUGUCAUCAGAUAACCUCAAAUUUUAUGACAACAACAUGAGUGAAAGUUUUAUUUAACUGGCUAGGGAGCACCUUUGUGGAAACACCUCCAUCUUUUUAUUACCUCACUUUGACAAACUCACCCUCUGAUUAAUGAUGUUGCACAUAAUGAUACUUGAAUUUUAAAUGUUCCAACUUUUCAAGAUAGUGGUUUGUUGUUUUAUCUUACAAUUGUGUUGCUCUAUUUUUUUCUUUGUGAGUUCAUCCUGAGUACUAUGGGCUGUAAAGACAUUGUACAGAGACACUGAUACCUGCACCUGUACAAAUACUGUAAAUGACUUGAUUUUGUUUGUUGAAGUUGAUUUCAUAACCAUUACUAAAAGAUAAUGUAGUUACAUUUAGAAAACACACCCCAACUUCCAGUCUCAGAAUUUCACUUCUCUUUGGCUAGAUGCUGGGAGGAAAUGAAACUGAUGUUUCUUACAGGUUACAGUUAACGAAUGGCUUUUAUCAGCCCAAUCUACUCAGUGUAAGAAAUUCAAAUGUGAGGUCUUCAUGUUUGAAUGUUUGAAUGUUUGAGGGGAUAACUUGGGAUAGGGCUAUUGUGUAGCUACACAAACAAACAUGGAGAAAGCUUUAUUCUAUACACUGCUGAUCACCAGACAAAAUUCAAAGCUAAAUAAACAAUCUGAGUGCAUGCAAAAAUACCCACUGAUCAGCAAGACCUGCUGUGUUGUACUGCAGGCCUCCAUCUGUUUUAGCCUGUGCAUUUUUAUUCCCAGUUUCAUAUGUUGUCUUGUGGCAUACAGUAUCUGUCUCCUGAAAGUGAAACCUCUGAACACAAACAGUCAUUCUUCAUUUUCUGGUGAGUUAUACUGAGUGAAUGAACACUGAGCUGAACAGCAGCAGUUCCCUUUUAAACCUCUAAAACAGCACCUGAACAGUUUUGUCACUACUGGUUGUGGCUUCAGUUCUCAUACCCCACAGCUAAUAUUAUAAACUCACUUUAAUGAGAUAAAAUUACUGAA